AUGCUUCCGGGCGUUGACGGAACGAAUGGACCCAGACAACUUCCUGAUGAAGCGCCAUGGAUCACGAGAUCACCGGACGGGAGCGGUUGGCCCGUCGUAGUAGACAAGGACGAAGACGUCGUCACUGCGAAUGGAAACUUGCCGGUCCCUGCCAACGGGACCACGAGCGAAGUCGCCGCGCCAGGGGAUGAUCAGAUGGUGAACUUCUACUUGCGCGAGGACGAAAACCGCGAAAGGGAGAACCGUUCAUUCUGGCAAGCCCGAGGGCAGGAAGGGUGUCGUGGUCAUAGUAGGCGGCGAUCAUGCGGAAGAGGACUAUCUCAGGACUUAAAAGGGGCGUUGAGCCGCGUCACUGGUCCCAAACAACGUCUCCCAAACAUGGUUCCGCCUUACGAUGUGGACAAGACGACAGAGGCGAACACGAUGCUCGGGGUGAAGUCACGGUUCAGAGCGUACCAGAUGCUGCACUCGUUCAGGGUGGCCUUGGAAUGCAGGUGGAAUUUCCCCGGACAAUCCCAGAUUCGACUUGAUUCGGCCCGGAAGGAGUGGUGCAUAACCUGCAGAGCGGCAAUCUCCCAUUAUGCCGUGGACCGACAAUGGCUCCUUGUAGAGGGACUACGCCCACUCUUCUGCCGAUACUGCCGAUUUUCUCGCCAGAGACAGCUCCUCGUCCAUGCAAAUAUUGCAGGGACGCACUGCAUCCGUUGA